UUCCCUCCAGCUAACCUGAAAGCCACGAUACGUAGCCCAAACAGGAAUCCCAUAAAUCGCCACGUUUCUGCCCUUGCAUCACCUUGAAAGCAUUCUAUUCUAUUCCUACUCCUCGAAACCUCGAAGCACCGCGACAUAGCUAUCACCAUCAAACCCCUAUUCUCACCAACUAGCAAAGAUGACUACCACCGUCCACGUCGAGAACAUUGCCGCCGCAACUGGCGAUGCUGAAGUUAAGGACUUCUUUAGCUUCUGCGGCAAAAUUACCGACAUUAAGGUUACCACCGAGGGCGAGACGAAGAGCGCAGAGGUCACCUUUGAGAAGGAGACGGCCAUGAAGACGGCGCUUCUCCUCAACAACACACAGCUCGGUCCCAACCACAUCAAGGUGACCAGCGCCUCUGGCGACUCUGAGGACGAUGGCUCGCACUUUGCUCGACAGGGCAACAACAACGAUGAGAUUACUCAGGAGAUGAAGCCCCGCACCCGCAUCCUGGCCGAGUACCUCGCACACGGCUACGUUGUCGGUGACGCAACCAUCCAGCGCGCCAUUGAGCUGGACCACAAGCACGGCGUUUCGUCGCGAUUCCUCAGCACUCUCCAGGACCUGGACAAGAAGUACCAGGCCACCGACCGCGCCAGGACGGCCGACCAGAGCUACGGCAUCUCCCAGCGCGCCAACAACUUCUUCACCGGCCUGGGCAGCUACUUUGAGAAGGCCAGCAACACACCUACUGGCAAGAAGAUUGCGCAGUUCUACAUCGACGGCUCAAGACAGGUGCAGGAUAUCCACACCGAGGCCCGGCGACUGGCUGAUCUUAAGACGGAGGAGCACGGCGGCAGCGCGUACAAGGCGGCUGGUUUUGAGAAGGUCUUUGGCAAGGAGAAGAAGGAGGAGAAGCCUGCAUCUGCUCCUGCGCCUGCCGAUGCUACCACUGUCCCUGGAACAGCCGCUCCCGCUUCAGGAGUCCCUCCUACCGAUGCCAAGAGCGGUUAAAGGAACAAGAGUCAAUAAAUUAAUCGCGGGGUUAUGUUACAAGUUGUGAAUAUUAGUCUUCUUCUCAUGAUUAGUUCAGAUGAUUUCUUACGCGAGUGUUAUGGUUUCAAAUCACGGGCAAAGGAUAGUAUAGCGACGCAAUGAUUGAUGCUACGAAUGACUAUUGUACAAAAUACCAAUCUUUCCCCUA